AUGACAUCUUGGUCGUCACCAACCCGCCUCUUGAGCAAGGCCUUGCCGUUGUUCUUCGCCACCUCUGGGUUUUUAUCAUCAGCUUUGGCUGUGGAGAUCCCACCAUAUUCAGGAACAUACAAUGUCGGUGCAACUAAGCAGGUUAUUGCCAUCAAUGAACCGGACGUGUUCGCUCCCGGGAACGUUAGCACCUCUUUUCUGGUGACGCUAUUUUACCCGACAUUGAAAAAGCCUGAUAUCCCUGGAAUAACACCAUACUUGACACAAGUCACCGCAAAGCAGUUUGAGGAGUAUUUCCAGUUCCCGAACGGUACACUGGCCAACUUCACGACCCGUGUCCAAUGGGAUGCACCUUUUGCCGACAACAUACUCAAAAAUGAAGGGUCCGACUCGCCAACCUUGCUUUUCGGACCAGGACUUGGGGGCCCGCCCUGCGAAUGUUACACCCUCUUGCUCUCAGAGCUAGCUUCCAAGGGAUUCACAGUCGCUGCAUUCGACCACACAUACGAGCAACCAUACGUUCUGUACCCUAACGGCAGCGAGUACUAUGGACCACCCCUCGAGUACGCCUGGAGCACGGAGGAGGCACUGACCGCGAUCGAUCACCGCAUAAAUGACACUUUUGCUUUCAUCGAUGUGUGGCCCAAGAUAGCCAAGAAGCUCGGUUUCGCCUCUACGACGGACCGAUUCGGAACAUUCGGCCACUCCAUCGGCGGGGCGGCUGCCCUCGCGUUUGCGCAGCUGGUCGACCAGAGCUUGGUCCCCUCGGGUAUCAACCUGGAUGGGUCGUUUUGGGGUAGGCUGAAUGGCUCGGAUGCAGACGUGGCGCGUCCGUCGCUGCUGCUCGGGUUCGAAGGACACUUAGUUUCCCUCGAUACAAGUUGGAACAGGUAUAUCGACGCACAAACGGAUUGGUGGCGUGUGAUAGAGGUCAAUGGAACUCUUCAUUCGGAUUGGAGUGAUGUCACGUUCUGGAAGGAGCUGAACCCUCCGGUGCAUCCCAACACUGGCAAUAUCAACAGCGAGAGGAUGGUUAAGGUUGAGACGUCACUUGUUGCGGCGUUCUUCAACUGGACACUAUGGGGCAAGGACCAGGGUGAAUUGUUUGACGAGCCUGAUUUAUUCUACCCAGAGACGGUUCUUGUUGCGGGGGAAGAUGGAACUUCAAAAAACUGA